GAGCAUUCCAGAUUGUACACCCUGUUAUGGAAAAGGAAACUGACCUCUGGUGUGUAUUUGAAUGCUGCAUUUGAGAAUACAUUUCAAGGAAGCAGUCCUGGGCAACUCUCUUGGGCAAUUCUCUCACUGCUUACCAGCCCAGAGAGGGCUUUGUGGUUUCUUCACACUUCAGCCUUCCUCCAGGUUAGCAGUUGACAGGCUCUUAGGCUAUUGGGCCUCUCAGGACUUCCCUCUUGUGCCCUAAGUAAUAAUUUUAGAUCCUCACAGUUUUUCUACAGUCACUUUUGAUUUUUCUUUCUUAGUCCCACCACUCCUCUUGAAUAGACAGACCCUCGCCCCCGUCCAUCAGUCAGUGGUAUUUAUUGGGCCUUACAAUGCCCUCCACCCAGCCCACACUACCACCUUGAACCUGGUCAGACAAUUACGAUGAAACGUUUGUUCCAAGGGAGAUGCCCCCUACGUUUUGGUGUGUGGAGAAGGCUGAGGGGUAAGGAGCUACAGGGAGUUUUUCUGGGCUCAGCUGUGGACUCAGUUCUGGGUUUGAAAGUGAGAAAUCUGGAGGCAGAGUGCCCUUCCUGAUCUGUUGCCCCUUUGGAAAGUUUUCUCCCUCGCCUUGGGUCUCGGCUCUGCAGUGUGAGGAGUUACAGGCUACGUCUGGCCCUGAAAUCCCAGCUCCUGUUUAAUAUUCUGCCUGCUCCAUUGAUGUUGUGCUUGGCUCCUGUGGGACUGCAACUCACGGCUUGAAACUGGAGCCAAUUUUCUGUCUUAAUCUCACAGUGUUUUGACUGGAGGCAGAUCCAGUUCAGUCCGAUCAGGGCUAGUGGAAACAACUACCGAGUCUCUCUGUCCGUCUCAUUUGGGAGAAGAAACGGGAGGGAAGGGGAAGGGGAAGCCUGCAGUGUUAAAGAGGAGGCGGCUCUGCUGGAAAUGAGAAGAGAGCGUGGCGAGCAACUAAACUGAUUUUGUAAACCUAUCUGAGGUUAUCAGAGAUGACUCUGGUUCUGUCCAUGAAUAGAUUCUGCGAUCCCAUUGUUUCUGAAGGAGCCGCUGAAAUUGCUGAGUACCAGACACUAUGGGAGUCGGACUGCUACAGCAGCACCAGUCCCUCCGUUCCCAUUCAGGCUCCUCUGCAGGGAGACAGAGGAGCCUGUCAAUCUCUGGCAGGAUCACAUUACAGGGGAAUUUCAAAUCCUAUAACAACAUCCAAGAUCACAUACUUUAAGAGGAAAUAUGUGGAAGAAGAGGAUUUUCACCCUCCACUCAGCAGCUGCAGCCAUAAAACCAUCUCUAUUUUUGAGGAGCGGGCCCACAUACUGUACAUGUCCUUGGAAAAGCUGAAGUUUAUCGAUGACCCCGAAGUAUACCUCCGGAGAUCUGUCCUCAUAAACAAUUUAAUGAAAAGAAUCCAUGGAGAAAUUAUCAUGCAGAAUAACUGGUGCUUUUCAGCCUGUUCAUUUAGUGGGGCCUCCACACAAGAGUGGUUCAUGGCUCAAGACUGUCCCUACAGGAAACGCCUCCGGAUGGCAAAAGAGGAGUGUGAAAAGCUUCAUACUUGCUGCUUUUAUCAAGAAUGUGGCAGUCACUAUCUAAAUUUGCCCUUCUCUGUUAAUGCUAACAUGGGAAAUUCUUCUGCCUCCUCCUCCUCCCCCUCCUCUUCCUCUUCCUCUUCCUCCUCCUCCUCCUCUUCUUCUUCCUGUUCUUCUCCCCCUAUGUCUUUGCCAAGUUGUUCCCAUCAGGAGGAUUAUGGCCUGAGCAAUAUGCCCGUUUACAGGAGUGAAGACCAGAUACCUGCUAACGAAAUAUUCAUUACUAAUGCCAGGUCUGCCGGUGUUCAGGAAAAGGCCAAAUUAAAUGAAAAGGAAAGUGAUGAUGCAGAGCGAGAUGGCAUAGCCGUAAGCCGUGAACCUUCGAGAGGCGAUCUUGCUCUUGAAUGUAAAAGCAAAUUUUAUGAUUAUUUUGAGACUGGAUGUAAUGAAAAGAGCAAUGUAAGUGAGUCUUGGAAGAAGUCCUUACGGAAAAAGGACUCUUUACCAAGUAAUAAACUGUGCUGCAGCAAAGCAAGUAAAAUAUGAGCCAUCUUUCUACUAUAACUUUGAAGCAUGCACAGCAUGAUCAAUUAGCUACCAUAAAUUUUAUUUUGAAUGGAUUUUAUAGUUUUGUACAACUGAUACAAUUAUGCCAUGAACAUGUCGUGUAGUUUUAAUGCCUGGAGAGCAGAUUGCAUAAAACAUCUGUACAAUCUGCAGCAAUAUGGAGACUUCUUAAAAAAAAACAAAAACAAACAGUUGAAUUACUGCUUACAAGUAUAUCCUACUUUUGUUCCACAAAAAAGCAAGUAGAACAGUUUGGAGCAGGGGACAACAGGCCCUUUAUCUCCCUUACCCCCAAGGAGUCUGUCAUUAAGAGUCUGUCACUCACUAUAAAACUUCAUCAAUUUUGCCAAAUUAAGAAGCUAGAUGUUUGGUAAGCAAGUCCACAUUACCAGCAGGGACCAGUCCAGUUCUUACAUACAAUACGAUGCUUAUUCUGAAUGGAAGACUGGAUGGAUGGCUGUAGGGAACCAGGAAGAACUGGCCAUUACACUCUGAUGCUGACUGAUGAAAAUAGUCUGUAAUGAAACACACCUGUUUGUGAAAUUGAAAUCAAAAUACUGCAUAGUCCAUAAUCAGUUGCAAGUUUUUCAGCUUGGUUGUGAAGAGUAAUGAAGCUUGUGGAGGUUUGUCGUUAAACAGGGCGUUUUUUUGGUGCCUUACUUUAUCUUAAUUUUUGCCAGUGUAAAAAUUAAGGAUAAAAUCAGAGUUACAGCAGGGAUUUAACAUAAACAGAGAAAACACAGGGUGGAUCAAUAUUGUUGGAAAACUGUUACCUUUGAAAUGUUGAGUUCAACUUUUUAUUCAGCAUCUCUGUCCUUCCUUGUUUUUGAUGCCCAAUUGCUUUUGGAUUUGGCAUUUUUAGAAAGGGAUUGAGGAAACAAUGGAGACAGAUCUGUUGUAAACCAGCACUAGCUGCUUGUGCAUUUCUAUGGCAACUGUCUGUUGCUGGGUCUUUUUUUUUUGUAUAAUGAAGUUCACGAACCAGUGGCAUGCUUUAUACUUUACUGUUUAGCAUAAUUUCACUCUUUUAGAAUACAAAAGCAUGUGGUUUUUUAUAUAUGACUUUUGCUGUUAAUUAAGAAGCACAAUGUUCAUAAUAAAUGAUGUGGCGAUCAUUAAGGUUCUCUCUUAAAUGAAUGUAAAGAUUUUAGUUUCAGAAAAGUUAUCUUGGAGAAAUGGGACUUGAGUCUGCAAUGUUUGUUGCAGGUUUGUUCAUUCUUCAUACUUAUCGGUUCAAUAAGCGUGUUUUCAGAAGUGUCUGGAGCAUCUUUCCCCCUCCGAUCUCCAGCUAUCCUUCUACCUAAUGAGUGCUCCCAUGUACAGAAUUACUAAUUGGCCUGGGGAUCCUUUGACAAUGCUUAAUAGGAACCAAAAAUCAGAUGGUGGAAGUAUAUGCCCCCUUUAUUUCUCCAAGAUAAAAGCUUUUGUAUUAUUGCUAUUAAUAUUAAAUAUAGGUCUCAUUCAUACAGUGUAUGAGUAGGAUCAUCAUAUGGACAAUUGUCCACAAGGACCAAUUUUUUAAACAGAUGUUCUUGUGUUAUAUCUGAGUAGUGUAGUAAUGUCUGUUCUUUAUUUUCAAUAUUUGGUAAACAUUUGAUGUUUAAAAUUAGAACUUAGAUGCUUGUACACUAAUGUGUUGUUAUAGUGAAGUGAGGUUUUCCUUGAUCUAUUUAUUAAAAUGACCAAAAUUCAGUAAUAUUUUAUAUCUUUAAUGGCUACUGGAUCCAUUUCUUCAAUCCCUUGUUGGAAAAUGCUGGGAGGCUGAAGUGGGAUAGCCAGGUAAGGGGCAAUAUGGAGUUUUAAAUAAAUAACUAGGUUUUUUUUCCUCCGAGGUUCUCUAGAAUGAUUUUAAGUUGUUAUGAAAAAUCACACUAAUGCAUUUUAAGGCAUACAACUGGGUUGUACUCUACUAAGAAAAUUGCAUGCUGAUGUGAAGCCUGAGAGUCUAGUAAUCUGAAAUGUGGAAUUGUCAGGAAGAUGAAAAACAUAUCAGGACCUGGUCUUCUCCCUCCUUUCCCUUCUCCCCCGCCCGCCGGCCCCCCACCCCAAAUCCCAUCCCAAUGGAUUCCUGUAUCAUUUCUGAUUAUUACUGUCAGGUGCCAAUUAUUGUUUUGUUAGUGAAUUUAUCAUAGCAUGGUUCAUGUUGUUAACAAGGAUUUUAAAUGUGUAAGAAAAGUCAAGCGUACUGAUUAUACUUUUUAAUGCACAUUAACGUACAGAAAAUUCAGUUCUGCCAUACAUGUUUUCACUAUUUGUUUUGGUUAGAGUGCGGUUAGGGAAUUAAGGAACAUUCAUUCAUCCAACAACGCGAGCCUGUUUGGAUACAGCUCGCUGUGGUGUCGGAAGAAACAGUUGGUGCACGGCGUCAGAAGCUUUGGUUACUACAGCGGGAAUUUUCAUUAACACGGGGUUCUGCAAGGGUGUGCUCCCCGUGUUACUGGAGAACUGGAUGUACCCGGAGACUUUUACUUGCUAUCCCAAAAUGUAAAAAUAAGUAGCUUAUAAUUUUCAAAAUUUUAUACUAAAAAGUAGUUCUUUAGGUGGGCUUAAAAUUCAUCUUUCAAAAUUGGACAUCAUUUCAUUUGCCUGGAAAACCUAGUCCGAGGUGCUUCUUUGUAUAGAGAGUAUUGCCUUGGGCCUCAAACACUUAGAACCCUAUACAACAAAGUCCUGAGAUUCUGGCAUAGUUCUAUUUCAAACCCCCCAAAACAUUCUACAAACAGUAUUUUUGUCCAGAAGAGUAUGAUUGUUGUGAUGUUCCUAAUGUUUUACUGUAAUGAUUGGGACACACUUUUGUUCCGUGCCCUCUGUUCACUUGAUAAAAUGUAUUGGAUUGUAUAACUUACUUUAUUCAAGAUGCGACUCUACUCUUUCCCA